AUGAGAACCCACUGCGCUCUCUGUCAGACUAUGGAGCAUUACCAAUAUAUUUGCACUAGUCGACCUAAUAAAAUACGUUUCUGCUAUGGCUGUCACCAGGUUGAUCAUCUUUGCUUAAAAUUCCCACGCGCUGUCAAAAUUGAUAACUUGUUUAAACAGGAUCCCAAGGUUGCUGAACCUCCGAGUCUCCCAUUAGACUACCACCACCUACUCCACUGUCAGUUGCUCUUCUGGUACAACUGCAAAGGCAAUUACCCCCCUUCCUUUACUUCUGUCAAUUUCUAUGCUCUUUGCAACCCUACACUCUCUUCAACAGGAUCCCAAUACAAUCCUGCUAACUGGACAAAAACUGUUUCUGAUAAGACUGAAUUAGACGAUCUACUUUACCACCUACCCCUCGGCAUUUGUCUCUCAAAUACCACACGUCCCACAUUGCCCACCACAUUUUCUAUGAAUAAUAUACAAGGAGAAUGCUGUAAUCUACCAGGAAGGGUAUUCCAGCUGCUCAACGCACGCAUGGUUAAGGCUGCUAGAUCCAUCGUAUCCUCGUACCAAACAGGAUUCGCCUGUGGUCCAUUUAUUGCUGACAGUGGUACUAUUACGAAGUUCGUUAUAGAUCACGCCAAAUUCACUGGUUAUUCUGUAAUUGGACUCCCCCUGGGUUAG